GUAAGCUGUAAGUCUUGAGCAACUUAUAGAUGUCGCCAGGAUUAUGCAAAUUUACGCAUAUUUAUAUUGACAAUUUUGACGUAUCCGAAAUUAGAUAAAAAAAAUAAUUUAUUAUUUGUGUGCUCCAUUGUUACUAUUUAUGUACCUUCCACUAUUGUGACUAUUGUAAUCAUAGCUGUAUUUUGAUGUUUCAAAACGAAAAUUACCACAAUAAUUAUUCCUAAAAUCCCUACACAAGUACACACAAUGGUCUCUUAGAUCAGUUGAGUUAUGGAAUGAUUCUAAUAAAUACAACCUGAAUGUGUGACGGGCAAAAUUAUGGGGAAUUGCUUGAAAAGAUCGACCACAGAUGAUAUUUCUUUAUUGAGGGGUAGCGACAGUGUUAGAGAUUCAUCUUCUGACCAGCUGGGACCCCCUGCAUAUCAGGAAGCACUACCAAUCCAAGCUGCUUCUCCUGUUUACCAUCCAUCACCUAGUGUGACUCGUACAGUGACCCAACUAACAGAGGAGGAACAGGUGAAAAUAGCAAAACGUAUUGGUUUGAUACAGCAUCUCCCAACUGGGACAUAUGAUGGUUGCAAAAAGGCUAGGGAAUGUGUUAUUUGCAUGGGCGAGUUUUUAGUAGGUGAUGCAUUACGGUAUCUUCCAUGUAUGCACACUUAUCAUAUGACAUGCAUUGAUGAUUGGCUGAUGAGAAGUCUUACUUGUCCUAGUUGCUUGGAGCCUGUGGACGCCGCCUUGCUCACCAGUUAUGAGACCAAUUGACGGCCAGUGCCUUUGCAUCUGAUAGUGAAACUCUGUGAUCUGUACUGUCUGUUUUGUGGGCGUGAAUGCAGUAUGAAAGAGAGGCUGUGAUAAUAAAUUAGCAAGGAAAUAACUAUAGGAUACAUUUCUAUCAAAAUAAUUAUUUUUGUUAUACUUUCAGUCAAUUUUAGAAUUUUAGUGCCAACAAAAUUUAAUUGAUUAUUUUCCAUCUAUGAGAUUAGGUUAUAUAUGAAAAUUCAUAAUUAUGGGCAUCAUCAUAAAAACAAAUCACUGUGAGAUGUGAUGAAUUCAUCUAUUGAAGAGAAAUUAUGAAAGUUAGAUGAGUUGUAUACAUUUUUAACAAAAUUGGAUUUAUGAAGAUAACAUGGAAGGGGAUACUUACUAGCAUUUAUGAAAGUAUCCAUAUUAAUACUAUGAUCAUUGCAUUUUUAUAACUGUUGCACAAAGUGAGAGUAUUGAAAAAAAAUUGGUUUCAUCAAACUUUUAUAUAUUUGAAAUAUAAUAUGAAAUAAAUAUAAUAUGACAUGUAUUGUACACCUGGCACUGUUUUCAUUUCACUGAUAAUUUUUUUCACAUGUCAAAAUCUCUGACACUUGGUAUUUCAACCAAUAGCAAUGCUUGAUUCUGGCCAAUCAUUUGGUAUUGUACUGAAGAAACUAAUCCCUCUUGAUAAGACCUUGUUUAAUAUAAAACUGUCAAAAUCAAUUAAAUUCACCUGCUCUGCUUGACAUGUUGAUUCUCUUGACCUUUAUCUUAUGUAUAACAAUCAAAUUGAUUAUUAAUUUUCAAAGAAAACAAAUCGUGAACUGUUUUAUUGUCAUUGAACAAAAUAACACAUACAUUUUAUUUCCUGAGAACAUUUGGAGAUUGGGCCAACAAAGGAAUCUCAUUUGUCACCGCAAAUGUAUGCAACACACAACACAUCACCAUUCCAUAGAUCAUGGAAGGAAGACUGCAAAUAC